CGGGGGGUAGAAAAAACACGACGGGGCUGCAGAUUUUGCUUCCACCCCCUUGUAGAGACAAAGGAACAAGAUAUGCUGUAACGGGCUGCAGUUUUGUUUGUACCUUCUUGUUGCUGUUGUUGUUGUUGUUGUUGAACAUUUGGUGUUUCUCACGUGCCCCCCCCAUCUCUGGUUUCUUCGGGCCAUCAUCCUCUUUCUUUGUACAGAGAUUGAUACAUUGUGACUAUCAGACUAUCACUGAUCAGGGGCCUUUUGUCCUUUAAAGGUGGAUGCCAACACCGCCGAGAUCCGCUCGCGGCAGCGGGACGAAGAUACGAGAUCCGCGAUGGCCGCUUUGGGGCCCAUGAGCGCCUUCUUGGGGCACAAAGCAGCGCUGCAAAGAAGCGGAGGAACAUCGAGAUGAUGGCCAUGCUGACUGCUCGUAGUCCAGGCGUUGGAGGCGAUGAAAUGUCCUGAAAUCCAGUUUCAGGCACUCACCGUUCAUGUUUAACCGACGGCAGUCCUGAGGUAGUUAUGACACAUUAUGAAUCAUUAUGACUAUUUAAGCAUUUUGAUCCAUGAAUUUGAGGGGGUUGUUGGGGACAUAUAUCAUCCCGUUAUCAUCCACUCUUGAAAGGAGAAUCACCCAUAGAACGCUUGACUUCUUCGGGUGUCACCGAGCUGAAACACGGUAGGAAUCGGUCACAGCGUGCCUUGGAUGAGUAAUGGCCUCCAACCUGCCAUGGCAGACGAUCCAGACCCUGAGAAUUCAAGUGGUCCUCUGGAGGGUAUAGCAAGGAGUGUUUAGCAGUUGAUCCAAGAGAAGCCAACAAUCCAAGCGCAAUGAAGAAAACCAACGAUCUCGACUGUGAAGUACCAGUUGGCUCCAAAUAUAUUUCAAUCGUUACGAUGCUAGCAUGGGUUCACACAUCAAAUGGGGUGGGUGUACAGGAAACCAUAGAUCCACUGUACAGCAUGUAUGAUUGGAAGCUAGUUCCGCAAGUGUUUUGUUUUUUUUUUCCAGAACUAGCUGUGCAGCGUUGAUUUUUGUUUUUUUUUUUGCAGUGUUGAUUCAUGUGAACUUCAUCGCCUCAUCCGAUCCCUAACGGCUCGGGUUUCGGCGCGGGUUCUCUAAGUGUCGUGUCCCGUCGGCGGAUUAAGUUUCAUCCAGCCAGGACUUGUCUUUGGCCGAGGCGUGCGGGGAAGAAAACAUGGAUCAACGUCUGAUUCAAACGGGACAUGUGAACAAGAUCAACUCAAACUCCCUCAGAUGUGAGAUGUUGUUGCACUUUGGGAGACGUUUUGUUUCAGUGUUGAAGGUGGUUGAUACGAAAAGUAUGUUUUUGUUGUUAAGCGACGGGCCCCAAAGAGUCUCAAUGAAAAGAUUGGUGUCAUUUUAACCGAAAUUCAUGUCAGAAGACAGGAUGGUCAAAGCACCUCAAACAUGCAUGAAUCAAAAGGGUUGGAAGUGGAACAGAUUCAGAUGUUGUCCCAUUGUACAACAGCUCUUCAAGCUGGCUUGUUUCAUUGGCGGCAUUCAGUAGUGAUGCUUGGUCCAUGCAGGUGUUGGCUUUUCCACAGGGAAUUGCCAGCAUGGCAGACAUGUCGGCGAUUUGGCCCGGCCUGGCAGUACACGCACACCGCAGUUGACCCAUGCGUCCAUGACUGCGUCACCGAAACAUGGCCAUGAUGGUUCCGAAACAGCCUCCCUGAUUUAGGUCUUAAGGUCCAUUUUGAGGUUGAAAAGGCCUCCAGUCUCCAGUCAAGCCUCCUGUUUUCAACCCGGCUGGGUGGCAUGCGCCCCACAAGCGCGGCUGCGCGCUUGUCUGGGUUGCCUUGCUUUUGAUGGGGCCAAUGAUGCAGGAGUCGGACUCGUCUGUGGACCAAGCCAGCGGUGAUUCCAGUACCUCUGCUGGCGGGUCUUCAGGCCAGCGCCUCUCCCAGCUGAGCCAGAGUCUGGGAGGCGACCAAGGCGAGGUCUCGGAUGGCAAGGUCUCAGCACUGAGGCAAAGCAUCAGGAUUCUACAUGAGCAAGGACACUGCAAGCCGUGCCGCUACUUUCGCUUUCGAGAGGAUGGAUGCCGUCAUGGUGAUGCUUGUCCAUUUUGCCAUGAUUGCACAGCCGAGGAGUCGAUGGCAGGGCAGAAAUGGCAAAAGCACCAGCGUCAGCGGGAGAAGCGUCGGCAACAGCGGCGCCAAUGGCAAUGACUGGGUCUCCAGACGACCGAUGCCUCAAAGGAUCCCUGACCGAAA